AUGAGUCCAUCGGCGUCGGCGUCGUCGAAUGGGGACUCCUUCCUCGAUGAGCGUCCGUACAAUCUAUGCCGUGCCGACGCAUGCCACGAUGACAGUCGUCCAGCCGAAGGGGUGUCUUGGCCUUGGUUCUCGCCGCUUCUCCACAGCGCCAUCAAGCACGCGUGGGACUUGAGUGUCGACGCCGACGACGUACUUCGUCAUGAGCGCGUGUCGUGCAACGCCCAAGGCCCCAUCACCGUCUUGGCCAGGGAAUACGUAGCCAUGCCAUGCAAUGACGAACGUCCCUUUCAUGGUCUAUGGUUGGCGCCAGGCCUCGGAAAUAUACUAUGGAAUAGUAGGGAAGGCGAUCAAAAUGAAAUCAUCUUCCCAACGUAUUGCUGA